GCACAGGAUGGCGCAGUGAGUCAGCUGAGCUGCCCGUGGACCAGAGCCGCAGAGAGACACAGAGAGAGACACAGAGAGAGACAGAGAGGGACAGAGACAGAGACUUUGCAGGGUGUUGAGACAAAAUAAAAGAGCAAUGUGCAACUUCUGAGAGUCUGACAUGGAAAUACUGAAGUGAUCGGAGAAGCUUGUUGACGCAUUAUCCCGCCCGCCCCGCUGGCUCAGAGCGAGAGAGAGAGGGAGAGAGAGAGAGAGAGAGAGAGAGAGAGAGAGAUCCAGUCCGUCUAAACUAAACCAAAUCCUCCAUCAGACUCUUAGGACGUGCGCUGCUGCGGAUUCACCACCUACAGGAGGACAUGAUUUGAUAUUUCUUUAAGUGGAGAAUAAAUGAUGAAUCAUCGCACACAGAGGACGUAACGCUCUUCAAUCACUCUUUAAAUCCACUGUUUCUGUCUCGCGGACGCUUUUGGCUAAAUCACAAGGUAUUUGAUCGCGAUCGUGUCUUUUACGCCGGUGACCUGGAACCAUGACAGCCUCCCUGCUGGUCCCACAGUCCGCCUGCUGACGGUACCGGGCAUGAUGGGAGCAGGUCUGCCGCUUUCAGGAUCCCAAACCUGCCGAUUUAUCAAUGGAGGAGGAAAGUGACACCCGGAAAAUCAACAACAGCUUCCUUCGCGACCACAACUAUGCAACCGAAGCUGACAUUAUCUCAACGGUUGAGUUUAACUCAUCGGGGGAGCUGUUGGCCACCGGGGAUAAAGGAGGCAGAGUUGUUGUCUUCCAGAGGGAGCAGGAGAGUAAGAGCCAGCCUCAGCGUCGAGGGGAGUACAAUGUUUACAGCACAUUCCAGAGUCACGAGCCGGAGUUUGACUACCUGAAGAGCUUGGAGAUUGAGGAGAAGAUCAACAAGAUCAAAUGGCUUCCUCAACAGAACGCUGCCUACUUCCUGCUCUCUACUAACGAUAAGACAGUAAAGCUGUGGAAGAUCAGUGAGAGAGACAAGCGUCCUGAGGGCUACAACCUGAAGGAUGAGGACGGACGCAUCAGAGACCCGUCGACCAUCACCUCGCUACGGGUGCCAGUGCUGCAGCCCAUGGACUUGAUGGUUGAGGCUACAGCCAGACGUGUGUUCAGCAAUGCCCACACCUACCACAUCAACUCCAUCUCGGUCAACUCCGACGUUCAGACGUACAUCUCCACUGACGACCUCAGGGUGAACCUGUGGAACCUGGAGAUCACAGACCGCAGCUUCAACAUUGUGGACAUCAAGCCAGCCAACAUGGAGGAGCUGACGGAAGUGAUCACCUCAGCAGAGUUUCACCCGCAGCAUUGUCACACCUUUGCCUACAGCAGCAGCAAGGGCUCAAUACGCCUGUGUGACAUGAGACAGGCCGCUCUCUGUGACAAGCACUGCAAAUACUUUGAAGAGCCAGAGGAUCCCUCCACCCGCUCCUUUUUCUCUGAAAUCAUCUCAUCCAUCUCAGACGUGAAGUUCAGCCACAACGGGCGCUAUCUGAUGACGAGGGACUACCUUACUGUCAAAGUGUGGGACCUUCAGAUGGAGAACAAACCACUAGAGACAUACCAGGUUCAUGAAUACUUGCGUGGCAAACUUUGUUCUCUAUAUGAGAAUGACUGCAUCUUUGACAAGUUUGAGUGUGUCUGGAAUGGAUCCGACAGCGUCAUAAUGACCGGCUCCUAUAACAAUUUCUUUCGAAUGUUUGACCGCAACACCAAACGUGACGUCACAUUGGAAGCGUCCAGAGAAAACAGUAAACCCAGAGCCAUUCUCAAGCCUCGCAAGGUGUGUGUAGGAGGUAAGCGCCGUAAAGAUGAGAUCAGCGUCGACAGCUUAGAUUUCAGCAAGAAGAUCCUUCACACCACGUGGCACCCACACGAGAACAUCAUCGCUGUGGCUGCCACCAACAACCUCUACAUCUUUCAAGACAAGGUGAACUAGAGGGUGAUCUGCCCCGCUGACUCCUGACCUCUACUCAUGUCACUGGGCACAGGGAGAGGGUGGGCAUUAAAAGGAGAGAGAGAGAGAGAUGGACUCUUUACCCUCUCAGUCCUUCUCCUCCUCUCCCUACAUCUUGUUGCUGCUGGUGUGUUUAUUUUUUGCUGCUCAGCUGUGGACGUACAGGACUGAGUUUUCAGUGGCCGGAGUGGAAGAGUGGACAGAGUGAAUUCUGGGAAGUGGGAAAUCAGUACAACACGUGGAAGAAGCUUCCAGGGAAAUCAAGAAUGGACUUUGGUUCUUCAAACUGACGGAGAGUUUUAUUUAUUUAGCCAAUGCGGACACCCGAGGAAGCAAAUCUUGUGUAUUUAUGCAACAAGAGGAUUGCUGCAUGAAUAACAUGACGUAGCAGCCAUUUGGACACUGAGGAAAGGAGCUGAUCGACAUAUAAAAGAGCACACAGACAGAAACCAAGCUUUCAUGAUGGUGGCUUACUGUCAUGUAGCAACAGUGCCCCCUGUCUUUGAGUCUGCUCUUUUGGGGACAGUAGUGCACCCUGCUUAAGAAUUCCCAGAGAGGAGGAUGAGACUGUUAUAUAUCUCUGAUUGGGAGAGUUUUUUUUCUCUGCCUGUGACACAACACAGUCAGUCUUUCUAGCACCAGUUCUGUGUCUCUCUGCGGAGACAGUUGUCUGUAAUGUGAAAGAAGCCCGUCCAGGCUGUGUCGAUCCUUUUAUUUAAUGCUGUUGUUUUAAUGAGUCCUUCUCUUGGUCACUGAGUCUGUUUAGAAGCUGUGGUGCCUUCUUUUGGUAUGUUGGGGUUUGAUGUUAUGGGU